ACAGCUACCGCCACGCCAAGGAGGUGCUGCUCAAGAAGGGCAAGGCCUUCGCCGGGCGGCCCCGCACCGUGACCACGGACCUGCUGUCGCGGGGCGGCAAGGACAUCGCCUUCGCCAGCUACGGGCCCCUCUGGAAGCUGCAGCGCAAGCUGGUGCACGCGGCGCUCUCCAUGUUCGGGGAGGGCUCGCUCGCCCUCGAGCAGAUCAUCUGCCGUGAGGCCGCAUCCCUGUGCGAGACGCUCAGCGCUGCGCAGGACGCGGCGCUGGAUGUGGCGCCGGAGCUCACGCGGGCUGUCACCAACGUGGUCUGCUCGCUGUGCUUCAACUCCUCGUACCAGCGCGGGGACCCCGAGUUCGAGGCCAUGCUGGAGUACAGCCAGGGCAUCGUGGACACCGUGGCCAAGGAGAGCUUGGUGGACAUCUUCCCCUGGCUCCAGAUCUUCCCCAACAAGGACCUGGCCUUGCUGAAGAGGUGCCUCAAGGUCAGGGACCAGCUGCUCCAGCAGAAGUUCACAGAACACAAGGAGGCCUUCUGCGGGGACACSGUGCGGGACCUCAUGGACGCCCUCCUGCAAGUGAGGCUGAGCGCUGAGCACGGCAGCCCCCCGGCGCCGGGGCUCUCGCUCACCGAYGACCACCUGCUCAUGACGGUGGGGGACAUCUUCGGCGCCGGCGUGGAGACCACCACCACCGUGCUCAAGUGGGCCGUGCUCUACUUGCUCCACUACCCCGAGGUGCAGAGGAAGAUCCAGGAGGAGAUGGACCAGCACAUCGGCUUGGCCCGUCACCCCCACCUCAGCGACCGCCCGCUGCUGCCCUACCUGGAGGCCACCAUCAGCGAGGUGCUGCGCAUCCGGCCCGUGUCCCCCCUGCUCAUCCCGCACGUGUCCCUCGUGGACACCAGCAUUGGGGAAUACUCCAUCCCCAAGGGCGCCAGGGUCAUCAUCAACCUCUGGUCCGUGCACCACGACGAGAAGGAGUGGGACAAACCCGAGGAGUUCAACCCCGGCCGCUUCCUGGACGCGCAGGGCCAGCACAUCCGCUCGCCCUCGCCCAGCUACCUGCCCUUCGGCGCCGGCGUCCGCGUGUGCCUGGGCGAGGUGCUGGCCAAGAUGGAGCUCUUCCUCUUCCUGGCGUGGGUGCUGCAGCGCUUCACGCUGGAGUGUCCGCAGGGCCAGCCCCUGCCCUCGCUGGAGGGCAGGUUCGGCGUGGUGCUGCAGGUGCAGAGGUUCCGCGUGCGGGCCAGGCUGCGCGAGGCCUGGCGGGCGGCCUCGUGACGCCCACGGGCGCUGCAGCCGGGCGCACGGAGCGAGGGCGCUCGCGAGUCCCCAUAAAG